GUGGUAGAAAUUCGACAUGGAGGAAAUAAAACACGAGGAAACGUUGUCUGCUACUGAAACAUUAGUGCCAACCAAAACGAAUUCUCAUUUUAAACAAUGACUUCCGAAAUAGUCGACGCGGCAAAAAUUGAAGCAGAACAAAUUAAAUCGUUCCGGGAUUUCCUCUUCUCAUACAACAAACUUUCUGAGCUCUGCUUUGUAGACUGUGUUUGGGACUUCACCUCCAGGACUAUCAGAGAUCAAGAAAACAACUGUGCAGUCAAUUGUGCAGAGAAAUUUCUUAAAGCAAACCAGCGGAUAUCCCAACGUUUCCAAGAAUUUCAAGUCAUAUCUAAUGAAAAUGCGUUGGCAAUGGCCAAGAAGGCAGGAUAAGUCUGUUUUUCAUGUGUUCAUGUAGAUUUCCAGUUUUCCUAAUAAAUAAUUAAUCAAAUUUGA